UCCCACGCUAGCUUGUUUGUCUUUAUGGUGUUUUGACUAGCAAACGGUAACGCGAUAGUUAGCCAGCUGCUUGAUUGACCAGAGUACAUUUUAGAGCUCAUCCGUCGUCUAGUAGUCUGUAGUGUAUGGGUGUUAGUCAGGUACUUAGUCUGAUGCUUAGGUGAAAGCUGUUAACCCUCCAUUCUCCCUGGUCAGGAAUAUCAAUGUAGCAACAUUCUAGCUAUUUGGUGUGCCAGUCGCGUGUGCGCUUUAAAAAUGUGCAGCAAAUAUAGCUGCGACGUUGAACAUAAACAUUUGACAUUACCCCGCGCACUAUGCAGGAAUUAUUCGGCACAAGCUGCAUAACGUCUUCUGUUCUGUAAGAACGUGGGAUGUGUGGUGGUCUGAAGUGAGCUAGUUAGUUGGUUAGGGGAGGAGGUCGUGAGCACUGCUCCAACCAAAGCAUCCAUUCUGUCUAGCGCAGGCCAGAGAGGGGUGUGACUGUUGGAGAGCAGCAGGUUGCAUUACGCCCCAACCGCAGCCUGACUGCCUAUUGUUUUACAGGCAUCAAUGAAUAAUAAAGCGGCAAAUCUUACAUUUGCAGAUUCUAGCCUGCAUUCAUGAUUUAACGUGGUUUAGUGUGGAGUACACAUUUGAACACUCAACCAUAACAAUAAUAGGCUCACAGUUAGUCUAAUUUGAGUGGGAAAAGUGACAUUGUCUUCAACUCAUCCUAAAAUACACUUUAUUGAGACUGUUUUUCACCAAAUGCAUCAAGUUUCUCACUCGCAUGAAUGCAGCGAUCACCAAAUGCAUUGCAGAGAGCUUCAAGGCUCCAUUUUUUUGUGGCCAGCAGUAGUAGGCGAACACACCCCCUUCCCUGCUUGACUGACACCUCCAGAUAAAUGUCUUUGGCAUGAAUGUGAUGCCCCAGUUUUGGAUUCGCUUCACCCACAAUUUGAAUAACAGUGCUGAUGCAUCAUUUCACUUCCAAUGUUUGCAUGCAUUUCAAUAUGUUGCCUACACACUAACAUGUACAUUACAUCUUGCAUGUACUAUUGUCUGUAAUUAUUCUUUCUCAAUUGAUUUCCCCCUCUGCUUGCUGUGUUUUUGGUGAGAUAAUUUGAUGUACAUUUCAAUACCUUAUAUAAGAAAGAUAAGGAUAAAUAUAGACCAUCGUCAAAUAGGCAGUUCUUGUAGACCAGGGAAAGAAUACAUGCUUCAAAUGGAGAAAACAAUGGCAUUAAUUAACCAAACUCGCAUAUUUAGUGAAGCUGUAAUAAUCAUCCUGUGAUGUAUUCCGCAAUAUUCAUAAUGGACAAGUUUAGUGUGUGGUGGAGGCUGGGUGUAGAUUCAAGGUGUAGGCGGCAGGCUAAUUUAGACAAGAAAGACGUCAAAAGAGCCUUCUCCUCAAGGCUCUCAUAACCAGAAUAUAUUUAAUCUUGGUAGUCAGUCGUAACAUCGUUCUGCUAGUCACAAAGCCGGAUGAAUUCAGUUCCAAACUAAGCUUUUGCUCAGAGAAUACCUUUGUCAGUUGGAGCAUAUAGCCAAACACAGAUUUAAUUGAAGCUCCCUUCAAAAACAUGGAUUCAGUCUUGAUGGUAGAUAAUGCCAGCCUUACAGGCUUUCCAACACCGGGAAUAACCUACAUCUUCAAAUCUGAUACGGGCCUUCAUCAAACUUACAAUAAAAUCUGCCAUUGAGCAGACACUUUUAUCUAACGCGACUUAGUCAUGCAGAUGGGUGGUCCCGGGAAUCGAACCCACUACCCUGGCUUUACAAGCGCCAUGCUCUACCAACUGAGCUACAAACGACCACCUUCAUCAAACCUUGUGUGUAGUUUGAUUAGACAUAAUCCAACAUAUAGUCAGGAUAUCGAUUGUGUCUGCCUGCUGAAGGCAUUAAGCUACGCCUCUAAUGACAAAAUGAAUAUGAUGAUACUUUUGAAGGACACAUUCAUUUGGGCUCCCGAGUGGCGCAGCAGUCUAAGGCACUGCUUCUCAGUGCUUGAGGAAUCGCUGUUGACACCCUGGUUCAAAUCCAGGCUGGAUCACAAUCGGCUAUAAUCGGGAGUCCAAUAGGGUGGCGCACAAUUGGCCCAGUGGUGUUUGGCCGGUGUAGGCUGUCAUUGUAAAUAAUAAUUUGUUCUUCGUUUGACUUAUCUCGUUAAAUAAAUAAAAAUUGACCAGAGCAUAACCUGUCGGCAUGAUAGACAGUGAUCUUUAUAGCAUGUCAGACAGUUGAAUGAGAGUCUAUCCCUUGAAGUAGUCUCAGAGAGAGCCUGAUAUAACUCAAAACCCCAGCUCUAUGAGAGGCUACUUGGCUAUGUCCUGCAUAUUCCAUACAACUCCAUGUGUUUGUGCUCCGUAUGCUAUUAUUUUUCUACCUCAAGGUAACUUUCCCAUUUCUCUCCUAUUUUAGCCGAGUCUGUGUCUCCCGGAUGCAUUCUUGUCUCCUUUUUUUCUUUUGAAGCGUUUAUUCACGUUCCCUCCCUGCCCCUCCUCUUACUGUCUGGAGUUCAUAAAUCUAUGGAGAGGGCUGGGAAUCAGUCUGUCUGUCAGUGAAUCUGUCUCGUUAGAUAAGAUCAACAGUGUGACAAGGGACUCAGCCAGAGAGCACUGCUGUCAGUUCGCUUUGGUCCAAAGUGAAUGAUUGUCGAUCAACGAGUUAAGUAACGUGCCUGUACCAGUAAUGCUGAUGCCUGAUGAUUUUAAAGCCUACAGUAAGAUCAAAGUGGACAACCACCUAUUUAACAAAGAGAACCUGCCCAGCCGCUUUAAAUUCAAAGAGUACUGCCCUAUGGUGUUCCGCAACCUGAGGGAGAGGUUCUCCAUCGAUGACCAGGAUUACCAGAACUCUCUGACGAGGAGCGCCCCGCUGAACAGCGACUCCCAGGGGCGCUUUGGCAACCGCUUCCUGUCCAGCUACGACCACCGCUUCGUCAUCAAGACGGUGUCCAGCGAAGACAUCGCCGAGAUGCACAACAUCCUCAAGAAGUACCACCAGUUCAUAGUGGAGUGUCAUGGCAGCACUCUGCUCCCCCAGUUCCUGGGCAUGUACCGGCUAACAGUGGACGGGGUUGAAACGUACCUGGUGGUGACCCGUAAUGUAUUCAGCCACCGUCUCACCGUGCACCGCAAGUACGACCUGAAGGGUUCCACAGUCUCAAGGGAAGCCAGUGACAAAGAGAAGUUGGGCCAUGUCCGACUGCUGUCCAUGCUGCGCAGAAGGGGAAGUCAAAAGGGGGCCAAGGAACUCCCCACCUUUAAAGACAACGACUUUCUGAACGAGGGCCAGAAGCUGCAGAUAGGAGAUGACAACAAGAAGUACUUCUUGGAGAAACUAAAGCGUGACGUAGAGUUCCUGGCCACUCUGAAGAUCAUGGACUACAGUCUGCUGGUGGGGAUCCAUGAUGUGGACCGGGCAGAGCAGGAGGAGAUGGAGGUGGAAGCAGGAGGAGAGGAGGAGGAGUACGAGAACGAUGGGAUGGGAGGAGCACUCACCGGCUCCUUCGGCACCCCUCCAGACAGCCCUGGGAACCCCCUCAACUUUGGCGGGUUCUUCAGCCCUGGCGAGUUCGACUCCUCCGUGGACGUCUACGCAAUCAAGAGCAACGACAGUGCUGUGAAGAAAGAAGUGUACUUCAUGGCUAUCAUCGACAUCCUCACGCACUACGACGCUAAGAAAAAAGCUGCACAUGCUGCCAAAACUGUGAAACAUGGGGCCGGGGCAGAGAUCUCCACCGUAAACCCAGAGCAGUACUCCAAAAGAUUCUUUGAGUUCAUGUCCAACAUCCUGUCAUAGAAUCAUCUCUCCUACCCCAGCCAAUCACUACCUGUCAUAGAGCCAUCAGCCACACCCACCCCUCUCUCGCUCCGCCUGCCCCUCCCACCUGACUUAGCCCCACCCAGGGGACGACAGGUGGAAAGGAUGCACAGACAACAAGCCUGUUCCAUUGACCCACAGAGGGGGCGCCGGACUCUUUCUUUAAAAAAAAAAAAGCAACGCGUCUCUUCUCCUCCCAUGUCCUACUCCCCGGUCUGAGUGCUCAACAAAGGAAGGCAUGUGAAACAGAGUUCUAUAGGAUAUUUGAGACCCCGCCACCUUAUACUAGUCCUCACGCCAGCACGGGAACUGUCUCACUAAUGCCUUGAAAGAGUCUGCUUCAGCAGUAGGAGUCUGUUUAGUACCAUCUGUUCGUGAUUAUUUUGACACACACACACCUCUCACAGACACAGAAGCGGUCAGAUCGCAUUAAUCUUUUGACCUAGUGGCCAACAGGCGUUUACAAACUCUGACUUGUCAGGAGAUCCGCAGCCGACAGUAACAAAAUUGGAAAUGCAGGAAAUUAAUAUAUAAGGGUUUUACGUAAAUGAAUGCAAUAUCAAAAUGCAUGGCUAAAAUGUACAUGACUUCGCCAGUUAGCUGAAACGGCAAACCACUGAACUUAGCAUCUGAGCAUUAUGACUAAAAAACUAAAAACAUGUCUGAAUGUUACGUUGCCAUAUUGUUCUAAAAACUUGACAUUUUUACCAUGAACUUGGAGGUUGGUAAAAGAAAAUCCACAUAAGGGGAAUACUAAAGCAAAUGCUUGUUUUAUUACCAUAAGAAUUGUUUUUUUUAUAUCUUGUUUACAUUAAUGUAGCAUUUGUGUUUGUAUAGUUGUUUUGUUAUCGACGUUAGAUCAGAAAAGUUACUUGAAAAGGAUUCAUUACAUAUUAAAGGGAGUUAUUGUU